AAGUCAUUCAUUCAUCCUGAACUACCCUUUCACAUAGUGUUGAGUUUUUAAGUAAGAGGCUGUUAUACAGCAAGUUUUGUAUCUUUGGACACUUUGAUAUUCAACACCCAAGAGAAUGUUUGUAGAUAUCGAUUUCUCUCCGAGGUUUGUGGUAGUAGUGAAAGAUGCUGACCAUGUUUUCAAUCAGCUGUUUAUCCCUCAUGUCUUCUGUAUGAAGUAUGUUCCUGUAAUGCCUUGUACGGUGAAGUUGUCUUUGGUUAAUGGAUAUGAAAUCUGGCUUGAUUUUGACAAAAACAAAGAAGUGUUAUCCGGCGUGAAGGUAUUUCUUGAGGAUUUUGGUGUUGUUGAAGGGCAGACCUUGGUGUUUCUGUAUGUUGGAGGUUUUGACUUCCAUGUCCGGAUUUUGGGGCUUGAUGGUUCAGAGAUCGAAUAUCCUUUCAUCCGUCACCCGUCUCAGACAUCAGAACUGAAGCCAGGUGAAUUUUUAUCCUUAAGUACUGAACUGUGUCUGACAUAAAUUGAAUGUUGUGUUUUGUUUCAUUUUUUACAGUGGAUGUAGAGGUAUCUGGUUUGUCCUUUGCAACUUAUGUGAACUGUGGUCGUCAAGUCAUUGAUGAAGUUGUUAUACCGGAAACUUUUAUUGAUCGUGUUGGUAUGGCCCUUCAUGAGAGUUUGAUAUUCGUGUUACGCGGAGGUGAUCAUUUUGUUGGAUGUUAUAACCGUGAGAGGAACACUCUUAGUGGAAUUGCUAGUUUCUGCAAAAUGCUUGGGAAAAAUCACUUGGACUGUUAUAACAUACUGUUUUUUACGUAUGACGGAAGUCGUAACUUCAAUGUAAAUGCAUUUGAUGCUGCUAUGGUUGAAACAUCUGUUUAUCCGAUACAGAGUCUGAGGUACCAAGUUGUCCCGUACAUCACAGCUUUUCACAUUAUGGUGGGGCAUUAUGAUAUGUUGCCGUAUACUUCCACUGUGGAAAUCAUGAUCAAGUACCGGAAUGUUGCUUUAACCUGGGAUAAGGCAGAUUGGAUAACUGUAUGUAAGGAUGAUCAGCGCUGGAUCCUUGCAGUUUAUAAGCAUAAGCAUCGAUUGACGACUUCCAUCAUUAAUGGUUGGAUUAAGCUGAGAGAUGAUUGCAACCUUGCAGUGGGUGACAUAUGCGUUUUUGAAUGGAAGGAUGAAACACUUCGUAACUUCAAUAUACGUAUUCUGAAGAAUGACGGUAAUCGUGUUUCAUUUUGAGAAUUUGUGUUUGUGGUAGGUUAUUGUCCGUGAUGACAGACUAAGAAUGUUUACUGGUUAUUUUUGUUUAAGAUUUUGUAGGCAGUAUCAUGUAUUUAACUGUUAAAACUGAAUUUCCCUGCUUUUGCUUAAC